GGAAGCGGGCUUUCCGCCGUUAAAAGGAAAGCGGGCGGCAGUUUUUGAAGUAAAAAUGGCGGGUCGUGGUGGUCUACGAGCUAACAGAUCGACAAACCUGACUGCCAGUAAACAGGCAAAAACUGUGAAUGAGCCAAAGAUAGCCGGCAGUUCUUCAACGCAAUCUUGCCAAAGAGAAACCAUGCAAGCUGCUUCAAGUCAAUUGACCACCAAGCUUUCAACAACCAGACUUAGGCGGAGAGAUUCUUUUGGGCAAGAUAAGAUAAAAGAUGAAAGUGGAUCAAAUCUAACAUCCUCAAUGGAGGAAUUUCGUGAAAAGUUGAAAGGGGGCCGUGUUGUACCAUCUCGAUUUCGAGAAGCGGCAGCCAUGAAGAAGAAAGUAGUCAAUAAGAUUCAUGACCAAAGUUCUGGACCUGAAUUAAAACGACACAAUGCAGAGAAGAAACUCUUUAACCUCCAUUCUACAGGGAUUGAAGAAAGCAUGCUUGUGCCUCCAGACUGGGAUUUGUCAGUUAUGAAAUCUGAAUAUUCCCCAGUUGAAGUCCCAGAAUGUACAGCCACUUUCGAAUCUUCUUUGGUGUCUCCAACCCUGUCUGAGGAUGAUGCUAUAGAAAAAAUGGAUUGCGAUAGCUUGCUGUUUUCUUAUAUGGCCAUUACGAGGGAAAUUAGUUUGGAAAAAUAUCAAGAAAAUGCAGAACGGAACUUGCUGCUACUUGAAGAGGAAAACCAACGUUCGCGUAGAGAGACGUUUGAAUAUAAACAAGAGUACCUUAUUCGGGAAAAUAAAAAGCAGUUGAAUUCAGUAAUAGAGCAGCAGAUGGAAUGUUUAAAACUGGCAUUGCCAUGUUUACAGCAGUUCAAAAAUCAGUACAAAUCCUUGGGUCAAGCUCUUGAUGCAACCAGGCACAGCCUUCAAGUGAGGAAUAUACAUAUGUCAGACGAUCCAAGGGAGGACUUGGAAAAUCUAAAAGUUCAUCUUCGGACCACAGAGCAGCUUCUUGAUGUUGGAAUAGAUAAAGAUUAUUCCAAAGCUUUGGCGGAAAAUAAGGAGCUUGCGGAGACUGUUGAAAACACAGAUAAAGAGAUAAAAAGCUUUUCCAGGAAGAUUGAUGAAUUGGCCUCUUCCACCAGCAGAGAGACUGUACUUCACCAAGAAUUAGAUGAACAAGAUUUGGGGAUGGAUGUCUUGUCAUUGGGAAUUUUCAAAUAGGCCAUUCCCCAGCAUUCAUUGCAUAUAUGCAACAUGCUAAAUAUCACUCACCAGUUAAUUUUACAAAUGCACGAUGCACAGAAUAAAGAAAUCAUUAAAUAAAUGGUCUCUAUUUUGAAUUUGACAACCACUGUUUAUUGUAAUGAACCUGUGCUUUUGUGAUAUAGAUAAAUGACCUGGAUGUAAAAGUUUGAUGUAUAUUAACGGCUUGGAUGCAAGCCAGACGGGUUGGUUAGUAAGUUUGCAGAUGACACCAAGAUUGCUGGGUCGCCAACAGUGAGUAAAGGCUGUCAAUAUGUACAGCGGACAUUAGCUCAGAUGCAGAAAUGGGCGGCUGUAUGGCAGAUGGAGUUUAAUCCGAGAAAGUGUGAGGUGCGGCACUUUGGGCAGUCAUAUGCAAGGGAAAAUGUACAAAUAUUGGCAUGACGCUUGAUAGCAAUGUACAGAGGGAUCUUGGUGUCUGAGUCGAUAACUCCCUCAAAGUGGAAACACAAGUAUACAGUGUGGUAAAGAAAACAUAUGGUAUGCUCGCUUUCAUAGGUCAUGGCACUGAGUACGAGUCAGGAUGUUGACAGUUCUUUGGCUAAGCCACAUUCUGAGUAUUGUGUGCGGAGCUGGUCGCCCCAUUACAGGAAGGAUGUGUUAACUUUGGAAAGGUCACUGAGGUGGUUUACCAGAAUGAUGCCUAGAUUGGGGGGGUUUUAGCUACAGGGAGAGCUUGGACUGUUUAGGAUUGUUUUCUCGGGAACGCCAAAGGUUGUAGGGAGAACUGAUGGAAGUAUAUAAAUUUCGAGAGGCAUAGUUAGGAUAGACAAUCAGAAUUUUUUUACAUAGGAUGGAAAAGUCUAGUAUUAGGGCAUUGCUGUAAGGUGAGAAGGGCAAAGUUUAAAGGAGAUGUGUGGGGCAAAUUUUCUUGCACAGGGUGAUGAGUGCCUGGAACGUGUUACCGGAGGUGAGUGGUUGAGACAAAUGUUAUAGUGGCAUUUAAGAGACUUUUGGAUAGGCAUAUGGAUAUUGAGGAAAUGGAGGAAUAUGUACUAUGUGCAGGCAGAUAAGAGUUUGUCUUGGUGUCAUAUUCAGCAUAGAUCUUGUGCCAAAGGACCUGUUCUUUACUGUUCUAUGUUCAAUGGAUGACAACCAAUUUUGUUCUCUUAAUAUUUUUACCUCAACAGGUGAAAAGUUCAUUCAUAAUAAGCUCUAGUUGGAAAUUGUUUUGAAAUUAAUAUUUUGAGGGAUUGUGUUUGGCAUACUUGCUAAUUGUUUUGAUACUCUGCUUUUGAACAAAAUAAUGAUUGGAAAUUAUAAUAUUUUUUAGGAUAAAUCCUGUUCUGGGAAUUUUUUUAAAUUAUACAGCAAUGCUAAAUCCCCACGAGGGUUUCUGUCUAAGCUAUAAACAUCUGUUUUGCAAUUCAAUUGGGCCCCGACAGAAUAAUCAAUCCCACCAGUCGUGCACUAUAAGGUUUUAGAAGAAAUUGCUGUUUUCUCAACUCAUUAAAAGUAGUUCCCCAACUUGCAAUAAAGCAGUUUUAUUCCCGUGCUGCGUAUCAUUAAAGAUUACUUAUGGUAAUUACAUCUUUGCUUGCACUUAAGUGUAGUUUUGAGGAUUGGUAUGAAUCCUGAAGUUCUUAAUGGUUUUAUAAAUUCUCCUAUUUUCCAAGUUGUCUCCUUUUUCCACUCGACAGAGAAAACACAGCCAGAGGUCACCCCGUUCGACUUCUGAUUCUGCGUUGCCGAUCAGCUGUUUGACGAGGGCUAAUGUGCUUUUGCUUUGUUUUUCUUGCCUUUGGCAUUAUACCUGAUCUCCAGUGUGUCAUCGUGGGCAAGUGCAAAACUCAAAGGUUGUUUUUUUUAGGUUAUUGCAGAUGGAAUAUUGCAAUGCACCUGGUUAUCCUUCCAUAGGCUGCAUGGUGUGUAUUGGCACAACUCUCUGCUGAAGACUGAAAUGGAAGAUGGUCUACUGCCAAACAUAAUAAUUUAAUUGUAAGAUGCCAGUUCUGUUCUCUUUCCAAUGUGUCCAUAAAUAGCCAAGAGGAUCCUU